UGACUCUUUAUUCCAGGUAGGGUUAUCGCUCAGGCUUGUUUUCUCACCCUAAGUCAUUCAUUCAUACACAAUGCGUAGCUCCAUCGUUACCUUGCUUUUGGUGCUCGGCAAUGGAGUCCUUUCCAGUGGCGUCCAUCAUUCGAAGCCGUUGGCGACAGUUACUCCCUGUCCCGAGGCACCAUCCCGAAUCGCACCACCAAUUAUCACCGUUACCAGUCAGUAUCAGCCCAUAUCCACCUGUGAGGAGCGAACUGCGUGCUUCAGGCGACUGUGCAAAACGGAGUACUCCUACCACACCUACGAAUACGUCUCGACGGUUAUUCCUUGCUUGGACACAUCAACCACCGUCACUCGUACAGAACAAUCGGUGUUGAUAUCCCGUUCGUCAAGUACCAUUACCAACACUCACGUCAAGACCAAAGUCCAUCAUGGCCACACCACCACCACCACAGCGACUGCUCGCACGACCGUGCUUAAAGAAUGGAGUGCCGUGUACAAGGACAUUGGUCCUCUAGCAAUUGCAGGCUACAAGGGCAGCGGCCUUUGCGACACCUGUGAAGGUCACAAUGGCGAGAAGAAACAAGAGGUUGAGGCAAUCGAGUGUACCCAUCGUCCUCGCGGUCCUACGGUCUGCGAGAAACACGCCGAGAUUUGGAUCUAUCAGCCAGCACCGUCGACAACCACCAAGGCUGUUGCAAUCUGCUCCUCUCGAGCCGUCGCCUCCUCCGCGGGCACUUUCACCUUUGCAUUUCCCCAACGAGAACCACCAGCCACCAUCCACGUCCCGGCAAGAACAAUCAUACUUACAAUUGGGGGCCGUCACCCUGGUGCGGUGACCACUACCACUACCACCGUCACCGAAACCGUCACCACUGUACCUGGGCGAGUCUGGACCGUUUUCGUGACACGAAGUUGUCUCCGCCCAACGACUUUCACUUUCGACGUGACGGUCACCAAAACCAUCACCUAUACUGUUCCUCCUUGGGUGUUACCCGGUCCAACGGUUACCUCAAUUCCUGUCCCCAGCGGCUGGCAGGAUUGGACCAUCCCUUCCACUACCCCAACCCAACGGAGCAGCGUGACAACCUCAACGUACGUGCAGUCCACAUCGAUGUCGUCGGCCUCAUCUUCAGCCGGUUCUACUACAAGUGCCCUCUACCACGCCCGCUUCCACCAGUGGCCCGAUUUCAGGGAGUACCUCUAUAACAACAACAACAACAACGACAACUACUACUACUACUACUACUACUCCUCCUCCUACUACUACUACUACACGGCCAGUCUCCACGACAUCUGUUUCGGGGUCCUCUGUCAGUUCAACAUCAUCCGUUUCGCCAUCAGGGUCCUCUGUCAUCAGUUCAACAUCCUCCGUUUCGCCACCAGUGUCCACAUCCUCUUCAACUCUAGGCUCCUCGUCAACACGCUCCACGUUGUCUUCGGUAACUGCAACGACAACGUCAGAAAGUACUUCCACAACCACUCUCCGGAGUUCGUCGGCGUCGGAGACUUCCACGCAGAGCUCUUCUAUGACGAGCGUGCAGAGCACAUCGAGUGCCUCUUCGACUAUUUCCAGUGAGCCCGGCUCUUCUAGUUCUCUGGCCACCCCUUCUACUACGACUACCUCCAUGAGCGAGAGCUCUGUAACAACAACUAGCCCAUCCCUGACCACCUCAUCAAGUUCUCUG